GAAGAUUUGCAACGGGAAAACGCGGACUUGAGUUACGACAACAGGAAAGAGUGUCUGUCUUGAGGUUGUUGAAUACGGAAUAACAAGGAGGUUGUGGGUGAAACUUGUGGCUUUCCCAUCGAGAGAGGUUCGUCUCAAAUAAGUUGGUAUAGGUGCUGUCGCAUGUAAUAAUCCUCGCAUAGGAGACGCACGCCUGCUAUAUGAUCUACGACAUUCUCCACUUAACAAUAUCUCUCCUCGCAUGGCAACGUCUCUCCUAGUAUAGCAAAAUAGGGCCAUGGUAUGUUAGAAGCCUCAGCCGCACGCUCGUCACUUUCAAGCUUUUCUGCUUGAAAAUGUUUUGUUAGUGAGAACACACUUCUUCGGCCAUUUUAUCGUCGCAGGAAAUGUGUCGUCUUGACGGUGAUUCAGUACAAUCACUUGAGAACAAAGCUUACAAGCUGCUCAGUUUCCUCUGGGCCUCGUCUCAAAACUGAUUUGGUAGAUCAGGUUGGAGACACAUGACAUGACAUGCUCAGUACAACCUCUAAUAGCCGGAGCAGCUAGCAGCAGCGAGUAGACAACUGCAGAUGCUACAGAGGGAGUUGGAGCCAGCGCGUUGUAGGCUAGAGGAGGUAGUCAAGAAAUUAGAAGACGACACGAGCGAGAAUGGCACACGAAAGGAGGCCAUUUUUAUGGUAAUUGACUAGUAAGUAACUAAAAGUUCUUGUUCCCCAGAUGUAAGUAUUGACUAGUAUAAGUAAAAGUUGCACUAGUAACUAAAAGUUCUUCUAGUAGUCUCUACGGUCACGAUGAGCGGUGGCAACAGGGACAAUUGCACGCAGCUGUUCCCCAGAUGUAAGUGAUGAACGGGACUGAUAAGUGUACAGGCCACCGCCUAAACCACUAAGCAAACUGCGCAGGGACUACAGUGAACCCCUAGCCUCACUCAUCAGGGGCUACACCAUGAUGAUGGAGAUGUAAGUGACCGUGUUGUGAUAUGCAUGCCAGGGAAUUGUCCCAGCUAUUUGAGCCGCCAUGAGAAUGGUGGAGCAAUGGCGACCCUUUUCAUGAGCAAGUCCUUCACACUUUGCCACAGAGGACACUUCUUCUGGAUCUUUGUCGCCACUCACAGGGGAAGCACACUUUUCCUCGACAGCAUCCUAAGGAUGUAUCUACGAUAGCCGUAAUAAGGCCAUCAAGUAAGACCGGCCUCGCUUCUUGUUCACCCGAUAAGGAUCCCAAAACUGUAAGUCUUUCCUGCUCUUUGUUGUUCUGUUCUCGCUGCUGUUUCAAAAUCAAAAUCUGCGUCGUUUUCUCUUCAAAUUGGUAGUGCCCACAAGGGUCAAAGCUGAUGCGUUUUCGCUCGUGUUUUCACUAAAAAGUAAACUGAUUAUCAUGCCCCCGGUACGCUUUCAAAAAAUAGUGGAUUCCCUUUGCUUCUGCUUGUUCCUGGUGCUGUUCAAAAAUGUGAAAAAGUGAACUGAUGCAUUUUGAUGAUAUCCCCCGGUCCUGAUGGUGUUACUGUUAUAAAGUGGCGGGCUAUUUUCUUACUCGCGUGACCUUUACGCCUUCCCCCCUCAGGACCAAACAAACCCAACAGGGACAAACUUGCACAAGCCUGCGCGGCUUCGGUCAAACCUGCGCCAUAUUGCCCUAAAACUGCACCGGUAACCUUUCACACUUGCAAAAUAUCCGGCCCCGUUUUCUGUUCUCCUGCCCCGCUGCUACGAUUGCGCCGGACUGGCCUGCGCCUGUAGUCGGUUUCUUGAGAGAAAGCAGCGAGGGGGCCAAUGCGCUACAGUAUUAUAUUAUGAUAGCGCUCAAUCAAGAUAGUGCUAUGCUCUUUCGUGCAGCUCUAAUGUUUCUUUAGUGCGGGAGAGUCUGGAGACACUAGCUGGCGCGCAAGCCGUACAGCCAGCACUUGUGGAGCCACAAGUACAGCCAGUACUUGACGCGGGUUCAGGAGGAACGCAGGCCUCAACAACAAAUCUCGGCUAUGAGGGCCAUGCGGUUGUGGGGGCCUGAAUUCAGGGAUGGUGAGCAGGAGACUGAAUAGGAGUUUGUUUUUUGCUGUCUUGUCAGUUUUAUUUCGAACGUCAGUUGUUGGUUGCUGCUAGUUUCACGCUAUUCAUUUGUACAAAAGAAUUUUUCAUGAGUUUUCGCUACUCCUCUACGAAUACUAAAUUUGCUAAUGUCUCCAAUGAAAUAACCAUGUCUACUACGUAAAUGAAAUUAAGGUGCUAUAUGUUUUUACCUCUUCUACAUUACAAUGAGUCGGAUGAAUAUGAAUACUAGUGUAUUAUAAAACUUAAAGCCCUAGUACUGGAAUUACUAGCCACUAGAUCACAAAUCAACACUUGUCAGGUGAAAACCAGCACAUUGGUACUACAACAAGUUCAGUCAUAGAGAUAUCUCAGUGCCGUGAUCUUAAAAAUGUCUGAGACACUAGCACUGAUGAGGAUACUUUAUGACUAAACAACUCAUCUUUUUAGGUUACAAGAUUGCUGCUGGCAACAGAAUUGUUAUGUUACAAGGCCUUUUAGGAGACCAGGUACUACCUAGGCACUGCUGACUUCUGCUAGAUAAUGCUGACUUCUCCUAGGUAGGGCUGUGUCAGCUGCUAGGACAAUGGGUUGGAUGUCUGCAGUGGUUAUUUUCAGCUUUGUCGAGGGGGGUGUGUCGAAAAGUGUGUAGAAAAUAUCAAGCACAUCGUGUACCUCUGAUCCAACUCGCGAUACUUGCAGGAGAUCACGACGAGUAUUGAUUUCGAGAAGCCUUUGAUCAUUAUCCUAUCAUGAUUGUUUCAGAACCUAAGUACUUACUUUGACGAGUCCUGUUUUUUGGUUUUUUUAGGUAAAAGAUACAGGGUCGUUACUAGUGCUGUACCUCACUUCGUUUUUUUAGAAAGAGGACUACAUACUAUUGCAAAGAGCUUACGAGACGGAAGUUCAUCACAUUCUUCUAGUGUUUUGAUAGGAUACCAAGCUCCUGUCGUGUAUGUGAUUCCUUGUUCCUGCGUUUCGCAAAAGACACAAGAUGGUCACAAAAAAGAGAAACAACAAAUGAUGGAACCCAACUACGACAUCAAACAUCAGACGACGUACACGCCAUCAAGAAUAGAAAGAACAUGUUGCGCGUACUUUGCUCCCCACUCCGCAAAAACUACCCCUCUCCACCAAAACAUGUAGCGAUCGACAAGUUAGAGCUUGUUCAUAAGGAUAGCUUCCUGAACAAAAAUUGAACAAGUUAAAUGGCUUGAUAAAGGGGAGCUUGAUAAGGUACUUGAACACGACGACCCAUAAGUGUGAUUGGUAAAGGCAGUGAUCACUGAAAGGCGAGGAACCAAGAUGUAUGAACAGUGUUCAAGGACACUGUGAGGCAGGACAGCACAAACGCUCGCUGAAUCUUCGAUUAAAUGCCAGCGUAUUGCGUACUCUCUACUUCUAGGACUAGACUCUGCAUGUUAUUGCCUCUUCCAAUCAUUCAAAUGCGUUCACCUAGCGACCAACUUCUAACGUUCAGAUAUCCUAGAAAUCUUGGUUGUAUUGCAUUUCAGUUAGAAAUACUAACCACAAAGCCAGAGGCGAGUAUGAUCAUUUGAGGAUCUCAUGAAAAGUGGAGAUUUUGGGAAGAAUUUAGCAUGGUUUUCAGUCACAAUGUCGAUUAGUGUGUAAGCUACGUGCAAUGCAGG